AACUGGAUGCUGUAUGUUUUCCAUCAACUUCAUGCAGCAUUCAACUUGGCUUUAGUGCGCGUGCCAGUAGUUCCUCUGUGUAAUAAUUAAUUCUGAACUGGUCGUCUUAUUCAACUCGAUAAAUCUUACUUUAAAACCGUGGCUAGUGUGGUAUUAUCACAGCCUUUUUAAUGCACGUUUGCAAACGGACUGGUUAACAAAUAGCACGCCACCCAUGCUAGUGGGGGAUGGGUAUGGGCUCGCCCUUGACAAAGGUCGUUUUCUGCGUAGAACUCCAUUUUGUUUGAACGAAACUUCACGUACGCUCGUUCCCGAAAGCUGUCGUGACGUCAAAAUCGUCAUGCAGUAUAAAAUCAGAGUCCCACCCAUUCUAGAUCAUUCCUGGAUUUUGUCUGAGGUGAGUAAACGUGUCGAGCUGUGUAGUCCGUGCGAGAUUUUGAACAAAAACAUUUUUCGACGGUUUUAUUUAACACGUUUCGUGAAGUUUACAAGGAGAGUCAUGUAAGAAGACAUCAUUUAAAUUCGUUACAUGAUCCUAACGUGUCGAUUACUUUUGUUCUUUGUUCUAGGUGUGGCCAACGAUAUCUCAGUGAAGAUUUGGCGUCGAGGAUUUUCAACUGUGUUUGAAGACCAAAACCAAAUAUUUUCAUUAUUUUUUCCUACUCAAGUAAUGGACAUUUGAUUACUACUUUUUGCCUCCCGACUUUUCCAGAAGGAAAACCUAGAGCUCACAAUCCCGCCCAUUAAGCUUUUUUUUCAACCAUAAUAUAAAGUCAUGACAGUUAACGUUCUGAAACUGUUAUAACUGAAGUUUGUUGCUGUAGCUAAAGCACAAUAUAAUUUAGCUACCCGAGACGCAGAGGAGAGGUAUACAUAGUAAGUGUUCAACCGAUUUGAUUCCAAAUUGAGAGAAUUAUAGUGAUAUUUAAUGUGUCUUGCCAUAAAUUAUAUAAAAUAUAAAUCAAGCAGGAAAUAAUCGACUGUAGCGAGAUAGCGCGUAGUGUGGCUGGAUUAAGCUAUUUUAAGCAUUUGCUCCUAGUCAGCUAGUGUUAGCAUAUGAGCUCGCACAGCAAAGUCUACAGAGCCUGAGUGCUCUGUGUCUCUUUGUGUGUGAGACUGGUUUGCCAAUGAAAAUUAUUUAAACAAUAUGAAUACAGGACCAAUUCAUCAUCGCUAUCCAUAAGCAAUCUGUACAUAAAGAUUGCCAAGGGUAAGAAGGGCAGGAAGUGAUUUAAUUUUGAUGUCGCUAAAGCUUUUUUGAAGGGAGAGCUCAUUGGAACCAACCAACGCAAUCUACACAUAAAGAUUGCAGAACCUGAUCCUUCUGGACUUGCAAUCUGAAAGUGGAUGCUAUAAACAUGUGUUCUUUUUUUCUUUUGUGACUUGACAAUGCUUUACUGUUAGCGUUUUCAUGUUGGCUAGUUCUUGUUCUGCGCCGGGUCCGUUUUCGUUAGUUUAUUUUACUGUGCAUUAGUAUAUUAUUUGGAUAUGCUUUGACCGUUGCAAUCUCACGAUAAAGAUUGCUUUCUGUGGAACCGUUUUAGGCGUACGGAUGAGGAAUUUGAAGUUAGAAAAGCGCUUUGCGAGUUAUCUUUAAAAUGGCGGAUAUGUUGUUCUCUGAGGAACACUCAAGGCAAUAGAGGCUCAGGUUGUCCAACCUCUGGAAAUACAAGAGUCGGGGGCAUUUUCCAUAAUAGCUUCACUCGGAUCUAAUUCAUUUACUGGAUUUCUAAGUGGACGUUGCUAUUAGCUGUGUGUUGGUGCUACGAUGGUAGCCCAUUGCUCGGUGUAUAGACCAAACGUGGCGUGUUUUUCUUUCUUCAAAAUGGCGCUUGUGGCUUCAUCAUGUGAGGCUUUCUUGUUGUUUUUGCCUAACGUCCGCCAUGAAGUGGUUAACAGAGAGGGUUGGCCAUACAUGGCGCUUCAGCGAAUCGUAGCUUGAGAAGGGCACUCCUGGGGCGGCUCGUGUCAACCCUGACUAUGAAAGCCAGGAUGUGUGACAGAUGGCUGAUGCAUCCGUCCUCCUUUACAGCUCGGGUCCAUUAUACAACAGAGCCUUUGUCAGUCUCGCAUAUUGGCUUAUGUACAAUUGAAGCAUUUGAGGGAAGGGACAUCUACUUGACACUAUCUGUGGGGUCGCAUUGUGAUAAUGCUAUAGGUGACGCUUUUAUAAGGUUAGGGGUACAUGUAAAUAUUCCCUUUCCCUAUCAUUUAUUUAGUAUUUAUUAUUCAAGUGGAUGUAGACGUAAUAGGCGAUUGCCUUAAUCACCCUUUCAUCCAUCAUACUCGUGUUACAUUGUUAAGAACGGCUAUAGUUUCCAAAGUCAUAAUCCAGUGCUGUUGUUAGCCUGUUCAACCUUGUGAACAUUAUCUGUAACAGUUGUGGCAUUUUCAGGAAUUGUGUUGUAUGUCCCGUGUUUCGGAGUUCGUUUCUGAAUUGUGAGGCUUUAAAAACCUCUACAACCACAGUUAAACGGGUAAGACCAAACAUGAUUUUUCACAUGCCAUUUGACAGAUCAUAACACAACUCGCCCCGGUUACUAAGACUGGAGCCUAAAUUGUGCUGCCUAAAUUUCACACUUUUUUAAAAAUCAUUUAAACAUUCAAUGCAUGCUGUAUUCAGUGUCCUGUCCUAAAGUUACUCAGUGUACCCAGCCGAGUGAUUUCAAAUUUCACAGCAAAAGAGCGCGUUACGAACUGUUGUGUCGGCUGUGAAGUAGCUCUCAGUGGUGUGUUGCCCGGCUUUUAAAGGAGCCUUUGAGAUUAGGUAUAAAUAGUUGCCACUGCAGAGGCAGUCCUAAAUGACGUCGCCAGACAUUUACCCAUAAUAAGAAACGCCCCUCCUCUAUGUUAUUCGUUUGAACCCAGGUCUAUUAUGUUCUAAGUAGAUGCACAUUUAACAAGACAAAGCAGGCCACUAGCUACUCAGUAUUCUGCCGUUUUUGCUUUGUUUAGUGAAGGUUUUUUGUUUUGUUUUUUUUGGUGUUUUUUUUUUCAUCCCAGUCGUCUUUCAGGAGAACUUACUUUCUACUGACUGCAGAGAUCACAUGUCGCCACUCGAAGGCGCAAGUGGACGUGCAUGUCAGUCUACUGAUGCUGUCAGCAGAGCGAAAUUUGUCAAGCAAUUAUUAUUAUUUUCUCUCCUUAUGAAUUGCCUUUUUUCUGUCAAGAAGUGGGGCCUACAAAUUAAAAAUAUAUAUAUUGUUGGGAGUAAUUGCAAUUAGAAUGAACAUACAUUGUACCUCAUUUUAAAAUUGUCCUUUUUUUCAAUUUUGUUAUUAUUAUUAUUAUUUUGCUACUUUAAAUAUGAAUCAUCUACAAACUUUCAAGAAUGUGCUUCCUACUUUUUAUCAUUUAAGUCUCUUUGGCCCCCUGGAAUACAGGUUCAUCCAUGAUUCUUAAUUGAUUCUUCUACUUCAGAUCCCUUAGAGGUGUGUGUGUGUCUGUUAGUGUGUGGGGAAGAGGAGAGGGAGGAAUUGUAAGUAUGAAUGUUUGUUGCUAUGUGCUAGUAUUUCCCCGAGCAGUGAUGUAGCCAGGGCUUCUUAUUCACCAAUACUGGAACGAUUGUGCAUGAUGUUUUCCAUGUGCGAUAUUGAAGUGUGAAUAGUUGCAUUGAAAUAUGAGUGUAGUUAGAUAUGGGAAGGGAAUAACAAAAUUUGUCAUACUGACAAACUAGGCCUUGUAGUUAGAAUGAAAUUAAUUUAAAUAAAAGUUAAAAUUUCAAACUUCCACGCACAGCUGGACUGUUAACCAUUUAAAAGGAUGUACCACACUGCUUGACUUAACAGAUUGAUCAUACUGGAGAUGAAACAUGUUUGUCACUCUGAAUUAAAGCUGUGAAGUCAAAGAGUGUGCAGUAAGCAGGUUUUAACGUGUAGUCAAAUGAAUGAUGUAAAGGCAGAAAUCAUACCUAUAUGAAUGUAAAUAUGCUGUUAGACCACAAAAAAGUACAGAAAAAGAGCAGUGUGUGUGAGAAAUGACUGCAUCCACGCAAUCUAAACCCCAUAGUUAAAUCACUAAGUCCCAUCAAUGUUUGACCAUACCUUGAAUUUCAAAAGCACAUGCACUUUCUAAGUGUUAAAGCAGCCGAAAGGUGAGUCCAACAUGAUGAAGCUUCUAACAGUUUUCUCUUUAAACACACAUCUCUGUAGCCUUAAUAUUUUGCCUGCUGUGUAGUGUGUGGCUGGUGUGUAUCCUAAUUGACACCCCUAAUAUGAUCAUCUACCAGUGUGAAUGGUGCUUGUUUCACUCAUGAAUCUAAAGUAAUAAGCACUAAACACCAGUACAAUCACAAAGGGAAGUCACAAUCACAAAGUCUUAUGAGGUGAAUUGCCAAAUGAAAUUAGAGAGGCGUGCCAAGGUUUUCCUUCCCUCUUGCCAGCUCACACAUCUUUGUUCCUUGUUUGUGAUGUAAUCAGUUAUGACUCAUCUGUCAUAUCUAUGAGUACAUUUUCCCUAUUGUGUAAUUUUAGGCCUGUGCAAACACUUUCUCCUCAUACUUUAUUUUUUCACAAUGUAGAGGUCAAGUGCGACUAAACUUUGUAGUGAAUAAAAUCCUCUGAAAUAUGGGGUAUGACUGCAAUGAUGAAGGCUGUUUCUUUUCAUCGGUUAGUAAUACAACAGCACUUCUGAAGAACUAACUCACAGCGUCUGAUUUUGACAGAGAAAUGAGUUGAGGUGUAGAAUUGGUAAUAGGAAUGCUGGUUUUUAUUGUUCUCAAAUGAUAUUAAGGAGAUUAACUUCCCUUGUUUUCGAAAAUCUUGGUUGUGUGUCUAUUAUUCUAUGUUAUCUUGAGGUUGGAAAUGAAACUUGUCAAGUUGUGAAGGAGGGGGGAUCUUCCCCUGUUGCACAGAAGGGUUGAUUCAGCACUUUUAUCAUCUCUACUCUACUCUCUUCAUCUACUCUUUGACACUAUGGUGCAGAAUGCACAAGUUGGUUGUGAAAUGGAAUAUGCCCAGGAUGAUCCCUUUCUUGGUUCCAAUGAGCUCCAUUCAAAAAACAUUAGACUUUCUAGUUAAUAUUCAGGAGUAAAUGGUAGCCUUUUUACUUCUCUAUGGCAAGAUGAUGUGUCACUGUUUGUAUUACUUUCCAACAGGGAAGCACAAGUGCUUUCAUUGAUUAUUUAAUUUGACUUGAAAAUCUAACAAUGCACCGCUUCAUAAACUAAGCGGUGUGGGGGCAGUCUGGUGGGUGUAUGAUAUCGUGUUGGAUGUGUGCACAUAACUGUCUUGUGUUUUCCCCUUCCCCUCCCCUCUCCAGUCGCACCGAUGGCAGUGGUGCCUUAUAAACCGAGAGACGCCCUGGAGGCAGUGGAAAACCUCCUUGGGAAGGAUGGCGAACUGCGCAGCCUUGAGGGAGUCGCGAAAGUCUACAGUCUCAUGAAGACUUCCCAAAAAAUGGUCAACAGGUGCAUGUACCUGAACAUCCUGCUGCAGACCAAGUCCCAUGACGUUCUGAACCGAUUUAUUCGUGUGGGUGGCUACAAGUUGCUGAACUCUUGGCUCACCUACUCCAAGACCACCACCAACACGCCCAUGCUCCAGCUCAUCCUGCAGACCCUGCAGAAGCUGCCUCUCACCGUGGACCAUCUGAAACAGAACAACACCGCCAAACUGGUGAAGCACUUGAGCAAGAACGGUGACACAGAUGAGUUGAGGAAGCUGGCGUCCAUAGUGGUGGAGGGCUGGAUGAGCAUCGUCCGCUCCCAGAGCGUCUCCACCAGCGGGGCAUCGCCAUCAGAUAAAAAGAAGAAGAAGGAAGAGGGCAAGUCUCGGUCGGAGGCCAAGGGCAUGGACAGCAAAGGUGGCGAGGAGGAGAAGAGGAAAGACAAGCCCAAGGCCCAUGCCCCCAGCCAUGCCAAGAUUCGCUCCAUAGGUUUGGAGAUGGACACACCUGCUCCAGCUCCCGCCAAGAAGAUCCCCGUUGCACCCAUCCUUGGGGACAAGUACAAUAUCAAGCCAAUGGUCAGCAAGAGACCCAGUGGUGGUCCAGCGGACACCCCACCCAUGGAGAAGAAGUACAAGCCCCUCAACACCAACUCCACCAAGGAGUCUCGCGUCAAACUCAUUCCCGCUCAGCCCAUGGAGUGUACUGGCUUCUUGGAUGCCCUCAACUCGGCUCCCGUUCCGGGCAUCAAGAUCAAGAAGAAGUCCAAGACCAAGGCCUCCUCGCCCACCUCUGCCAAGCCGUCUCCGUUCGACUCUACGGGUAAGCCGGUCCACCCCAACGCUCAGCCCAACAAGCCCUCGUCGCCCGAGGCCCCCGCGUCCCACGCCAGCCCUGCUGAGGAGGGGCCCCAGGAGAUGGAGCAGCCCGGCACCCCCGUCCCUGCAGAGGACCCCGAGGCCAUGGACACCUCCACCACCUCUGGUGAGAAGCCUAAUGCCCUGGCUGAGCCCAAAGGGGAGGAGGAGAACCUGACCAAGAAGGGGAAGAAGAAGAAGAGCGUGACGUGGGCCGAGGAGGAGCAGCUCAAGGAGUACUUCUACUUUGACCUGGACGAGACCGAGAGAGUGAACGUAAACAAGAUCAAGGACUUUGGCGAGGCGGCCAAGCGCGAGCUGAUGAUGGACCGGCAGACGUUUGAGAUGGCGCGGCGACUCUCGCACGACACCAUGGAGGAGCGGGUGGCCUGGUCGCUGCCGCGCGCCCUCAGCCUACCGGCCUCGCUGGUCACGCCCGGCGCCAACAGCAGUGAGAAGCUGACGCAGAGGGACCGUGAGAUGGGCAUCCUGCAGGAGAUCUUCCUCAGCAAGGAGAGUGUUCCAGACUGCCCCAAAGAGCCUGAUCCUGAACCCUAUGAGCCCAUGCCCCCACGUCUCAUUCCCCUGGACGAGGACUGUACCAUGAUGGAGGAGCCCUAUGUGGACCAGACGGAGAGCGGUGCCGCCUCCUCGGGCAUGGUCCAGGACAACAACAAGGGGCUGCCGCCCGUCUUGGCCAACCUGAUCGGCAACCUGGGGGGCCCUGGCACAACCGCCGCCGGCCCCGGCCCCCAGAUGCAGGGCAAUUCCGCGGCCCCUGCCAACAACCCCGCUCUCAACGUUCAGGAGCUGCUCACCUCCAUCAUGGGUGCCGGAGGGAACCAGUCGGCAGAGGACCUGAUCAAGCAGCCCGACUUCUCGGACAAGAUCAAGCAGCUGCUGGGCUCCCUGCAGCAGAGCCAGAACCAGAACCAGAACCCAAACCAGAACAUGCCCAACAACAUGCCGCCAGUGCCUACGGGUCUCUUGGGUCACGGGCCCGGCAUGAACAUGCCCAUGAACAUGAACAUGCCCAUGAACGGCGGCUACCCGCCCAACAAGCCCCCGGGCCCCGGCGGUCCCCACUACAACCACCCCAUGCCCCCGCACGGCCAUGGGCCCCCGGGCUUCAACGCCGGCGGACCCCCCGGCGGACCCCGCAUGAUGGGGCCCCCUCCCGGCGGCCCCGGGGGUCCUGGAGGCCCUGGAGGCCCUGGAGGCCCAGGGGGGCGCGGCGGAGACAACGGCAACUACUGGGGAGACGACUCGAUGCGCGGCGGACCGCACCGGGGAGGACACUUCCACCGGGGCCGAGGCAGGGGAGGAGAGCCGGGCUUCAGGGGGAGGGGCCGCGGAGGGCCCCGCGGAGGACACAACAACAUGGGUGACAUGUCGAAGAGGGCUGUGUGUCGGCACUUUAUGAUGAAGGGCAACUGCCGGUACGAGAACAACUGCGCCUUCUACCACCCCGGGGUCAACGGACCACCCCUGCCCCCCAAUCACCCCGCAUACUCUCAACACUCCCAACACUGACAGUCUCACCUGUAACACCCCAAACUCUCCUUCUCCUCUUCCUCCACCCCCUCUCUCAUCUCCCCACAGUGUUGGGCACUGAAUCAACUCAAUUAACUCAAAGUAACACAAUCACACAUCCAAAAGAGCAGUGAUCAUUGGGACACUUCCCUCGGAGUGACACUAGGGGGCAGUUGGACUUGCAUAAAAGACGCUGCUGCCAUUGUGAGUUCCCGUGGCUGCCUUGACGUUUCAGAUUCGCCUGGCAGGGGAGGACUCCACUGGACCAGCCCCAAGCCCUGCCACACCCAGUGGUCAAAUGGCCAGUACCUUUCCUUGCUUCUCACGAGCGCCUCUGCUCGCAUGCCUCUCCCUGGCGGCCUUGUGAUAACGAACACUACUUCUCUAGUCGUCUAUAUGUUCACCAAACCAGGCUCUGGCGGGAGCGAAUAAUGUGCUGGAACGGCUCAGAAAGACUGUUGUGGUGUUCGAGGUGGCCGUCUAGACGUGUGAGCCGAGGAGCAUUGUGCUUUUUUUUCAUACACUUUUCUGUUUUGUUUUUGUUUUGUUUGUUUGCUUUAUUUCCCACCUUAUGUCAGUGGAGAUUGUAAUCCCCCCCCCCAUGUGUCCCCCUCUAUGACCACUAACGAGAGUGAACGCAGGCAGGCAGACACAGGCUAGAUAACAAGGAUAUGGCCAAUGCUCACGGCACUGUCCUACACUCAUUCCAUCUUCCUUUUCUAAGAGCCCUGCAUUUCUCCUCUCCGGUACUUGUGAUGCCCUAUCCAAAUCCAAAAAAUGAGUGACAAACAUAUCUAUAUAUAUAGAGAGAGAGAGACAGAGAGAGAGAUUUUACAGAGUUCUAUUUUUUACUAUUUAACAACGACAGGUUUAAGUAUUAGGCAUUUCAUAAGCCCCUCUCUUUGAGCCCAGUGCAUUUGUGCUGUUCCUUCCCACUGAAUGGUAUGGCUCAAGGACAAAACGUGAGAUGGAAACUGUUUCGACUUCUUCACGACAAAACAAAGUGCAAUCUCGUGAAAAGUUUGGCGUUUUGUGGCCUUGAACUUUUUUUUUAGAACCUGGAGUAUGCAUGAAGGAUAUACCUGCUGUUGAAGACAGCAGAACUCCGCAAGAAAUUCACACUAAAGGAACAAACUUUUUUUUUUUUCAUGAAGAGGUUGUAUUGCCCGAGACUUUGCUUGACAAUUGUGUGCGGCUUAAUUUUCACAGUCCACGAGAGAAUGACUUCCAUUCCGAGAAAAAAAAAAAAAAGUCUCGUCACACCACACAUCUGAUGGCACACUUUCUUUUUCUUUUUCCUUUUUUUGUGUUGUUCAUUUUACUUGUUUUGAGGCGUGUGUUCCUCUACGGCUUUCCCAUGUGAAUUCACCUCUUUUUUGUUGAGUCUACACAAGAACACAAAAGACCACGGGCCUAUACUAAGAAGCUGGUUCAGUAGUUAACCAGGGUAAGACCUAAACCAUCUAUAGAAGAGCCUGGAGUCCUCAUUUUCUUAAGAGCAAUUCUUAAAUCAUCUAAUAGAAGAGCAAGAAAAUGAGGACUCCAGGCUCUUCCAUUAGAUGAUUUACCUCUUAACUGAUGAUUUACCUCUUACUCCUGAAGCAGCGUGUUGGUUAUACCCCUCUGAAGAAGCAGCUCUCUGCCUAAGGACUUGUGUGUGUUUUUGCUGCUGCUGCUGCUGCUGCUGCUGCUGCUGUUGUUGUCUCUGCUGCUCUUGGCCCCCAUUGUACCCCGAUAACUAAAGAGACACCUGUCAGGUCCAGUAGACAUCACUUGGUUUGACGCCUUAUACAAAUACCAUAAAUACAUAGACUUGAUGAUUAUGCCCCAAAGAAAUAUGGGGAGGAUGCAGUAUUAUACACAGAUCAGAUGAGACGUAUGCACUGGCAUGAAAGCUAAUGACCACUGAUUAGGCUACAUUCUGGUUCAUUCAGGCCUUGGUUAACCUGUCACAGGGCACACCCAUCUUCCACUCUUCUCUUUUUUUCUUUGGAUUUUACUAUGGCCUUUGACUACAAACUUUGAUUACUGUUUUGGAAAGUUUGCCACUGGCUUUUGAAAUUGUACCGUUUCUUUCCCCUUUCUUUGACUGUUCAUUUGCGACAUUGAUGGGAUUUGGUUGGUUGAUUGAACAUUAAUUCAAAUGGAUAUGUUUUUGCCGUACCAGUUUAAUUGUACCUGUAACAUUGUGACAAUCAUGGGGUGGUACAGCAUGCGUUGGUUAUCUCAACGUAGAUUGAAUGUUGUAACGUGCCAGGUGAGCUCGGCUGAGCUUUGACAGUGUACAUUCAUUUCACCGUCCCAUGUUAUUGAGCUCUAUUCAUUUUCGUGUGUGUGUGUGUGUGUGUGUGUGUGUGUGUGUGUGUGUGUGUGUGUGUGUGUGUGUGUGUGUGUGUGUGUGUGUGUGUGUGUGUGUGUGUGUGUGUGUGUGUGUGUGUGUGUGUGUGUGUGUGUGUGUGUUGCGAAUGCCGGAAGCUGAAAAGUGGGGUCAUGAACCACUCUGGGCCAAGCCUAUUCCAAUUGUUUUCUGUGAAAACGGUGGCCUUCAUGUCUCUUGUGGGACCGUAACUUUGUUUACUUUUUGUUAAGGUUUUGUUUAUUUUGAAGGUCUGCCCCCUCCUCGCCUUCGCUCGUUUGGUUGAGUUUUGCUUAUGGGUUUCUAUUUUUAUACAUUAUUAAUAAAUUUGCUUUUUUUUUUUUUAAGAAAAAAAACCCCUCGGUGCUGAAGGGGUUUCUUUUUUGUGUAUAGUGAUGUGUGUGCGUGUACUUGUCUGAGUGGAUAGACACAUGCACAUGAUGUAAAUUGUAUAGUAUUCACACAUUGUCAUAAGUAUUUUGUACAUGAAUUAAUAAAUGUGGGAAACAAAAACUA